UCUGUUUGAUUGUGUAAUUUAUAACUUACUGCAUGAUUCUUACAUUUCUGCUACAGUCACCACUAAUAACCUACUCCGAAAUAUAAUGUAGAAAUGUAACAUUUUCUAUAAAGCUGCUUUGCAAUGAUUGGUAUCAUGAAAAGUGCUCCACAAACAAAAUUGAAAUUAAUUUAAUUAUAUUAGGAGUCACACACUGGUGUAAAAAAAAACCCAGAAAUGUCUAACUUUCCAUCAGGGAUUACGAAGAAAUGGCAGGUAAAACAAUGAUUUAAAUUACAUUUUUAAGUAGAAAAACUGAAAUAGUAUUUUAUUGUAAACAAAGAUUACUCAGCAGGCUUUAUUUACAUUUUCGAAAAAAAAAAUCAUGUAUAAAAUGUAUUUAAAAAAGCAUAAGGUGCACAUUUUAGGCAAUAUAUUAUGUUUUAUUGAAGCAUUAUAUGCAAGUACAGAUUAGUAUCUUAAAAUGAAUCUUUACCCUAUGAUUCACAUGAACUAGACAGAGACAUAGUUCCUCGAUUCAUAACUAUAGAAAUCUAAGCUUUAUGAAUUCGCAACGCCUCAAAACGUUUUUCCAUUAUUUUAAUUCAAUUAAAUUGCAUGCGCACAGCCAACGCGCGUCACAUAGUGUUUCCCAUCCUCAUUCAAGCAGACCAAGCGUUCUCUGUCGUUAUGUGACUUCAGUGACUAAAACUGUGACCUCAGAAGCCGUUUGCAGUCCCACCCCACGGUGUUGAUAUAAACCCCGUCCACGGCAGAAGAACGAAGCGCGCUCCCGUACAGUUGCAUCUGAACAGAGUUACUUGAAAAGAUGGCUGUGAGUUCUGAAGACGGACAAUGCAAAUAUAGACUAUUUGCUUUCAUUAUGCUUUUUAACAUCUCGUUAAGCACGGCGGUCAGUCUCGAUUUAACGGAGCUGCGAAAUAAAGUUUCCAAAAUAAAAGUGCAUCCACGCGGGAAUCUCUGGGCGACAGGUCAUUUCAUGGGCAAGAAGAGCAUUUCAAGCAGCCAGUUCCAGGACUCUCAAUUCUCCUCAAAGCGUCCCAGGAAUACUUUGAGAGAAUCCGAGGAUCUGAGGGAGCUGAUCACUCAGGAGGUGCUCAAAGUUGCUCUUCAGGCUCAGCUUGAAGAUCCAAAGAGGACACGAGAUGUUUAUAAUCAGGAUACGGACUUCAUGGUAAAGCUUUUGAAAAGCUACAUUGAAAAAAAGGAACCUAUAGUGACAUUGCUGUUGAUAUAAUUGUAAUAAAAUGUUAUUUUGACAACC